AUGUCAUCCUCAGGGGUCUUAGACACACACAUCCACCUCUGGCCUUCAACAGCCACCUCGUCUUCAAACCAUGGCUGGAUGUCACCAGGCCACCACCUCGCUAAGAGACACGGCAUAUCUGACUACCUCACCAUCACGUCCCCCCAACCUUCCGGUUUCAUCUACGUAGAAACCGAUCGGUAUCUUCCUUCCGCGGAACCUCCAAGCAUUAACGAAUCAGACAACGACGAAGAUGUAAAAGCCAAGCUGCUGACAUGGGCGAAGGAGCCCUUGGAGGAGCUCCGUUUUCUGGCACGAAUCGUGGAGGGAAAGCCAGAGGAGGGCGAUGGGUUUGUAGAGAGUGAGGCAAAGAAGAUGAAGGGAUGUGUGAUCUAUGCUCCAUUUCAUUGCACUCCGCGCGUCUUCAAUGCUUAUCUUGAUGUUGCGAGGGAAGUGGCCGGACCGCAGCUGUGGCAGUAUGUUAAGGGCUUUAGGUACUUGUUGCAGGGGAAAGGAGACGGUGUCGUUGCGAAGAUGUUACAAGAGAGCGAGGAGAGUUGGAUCCAGAACCUUUGCGCGUUGAAAAAAUUAAAAGGAAGUGGUGAGGCGUGGUGCUUUGAUGUGGGUGUUGAUACACAUAGGGAUGGUGAGGAACCGAUGAAGGCGGUUGGUAAGUUGAUUGCAGGACUAAGGCAGUACGAGGAGAAGGAGGGGCACCAGAAUCGCGUGAAGUUCGUGCUGAAUCAUCUCGCCAAACCCCCUUUGUCACCCGACCCUACACCCCCGUCCGAUGUCUGGCUCCAAACCAUGACAUCUCUCUCCUCGGAUAAGGCCAUCUUCAUGAAACUGUCCGGCGCUUUCAAUGAGUUCACUGUUUCGCCGACGCCGUCAAAUGUACCAACGCUCUUGACUGCCCUUACGCCUUUCCUAAAUCACAUCUUCCAGUGUUUCCCAGGAAGAGUCAUGUUCGGAAGCGACUGGCCGGUGUGCAAUGUGGGUGGGCCAGCAGGCGAGCAGGGAAGUUGGAAGCUCUGGAGAGAGGUAGUGAAGACGUGGAUGGAUAGGAAGGGAUACGUAGAAGAGGAGAAGCAGAAGGUCUGGAGGGAGGCUGGGGAAGAAGCAUAUGGGGUAGCAUUGUGA